AAGACGUUGAGGCAUUCCACGUCUCACUCUCUCUCUCUCAGUCUCUCUCUCUUCCCCGGUUGGCUGUAAGUUGACUUCCAAUGUGGAAUCCCAAAGCGUGUGGCUUGGGGUCUUCAACUCCAAACCCUGAGAGCAGCUGAAUCUGCUUGCUAAGAACAGCAUGGAAAUGGGAUCACAGAGAAUUUCAGUUUAGACUCGCAGAUGAGAACUAGGAGUGGUGAUUGUCUUUGCGUUUUGUUGUUUUGGAGAGGAUGGGAUUUAUUUCACAAAGGGGCAGAGGCAUACUCAUAAAAAUUUAUUUGUGUUAUGAGGAUCAUGCUCCUGCAGAAUCUCAGAUAUGGUCUUCGUAAUUUUUGGAAGCUAGAGUCUUGAAAAGUUGCCCAGUUCGAAUUUCUGGCAAUUUUCACUUAGGAACUUCAUGGUCAGGCAUUGAAGAAAUAUCAUUAUGGAUGAUGCAAUUUGUUCAUCUCGUACCAUCUUGGGUGGUCCGCCUGACUCAACCCUGGAUUUUGAUUACAUGGAUGAACUUUUGUUGGAUGGAUGCUGGUUGCGGACAACAGAAAACUCUGAGUUCUUGCAUCAGAGCCCUUCUAUUUCAAGCUCUCUCUUCGAUCCUUCAAAUUUAUGGCCUUCUUUAGAGCCUAAUAAUGAUGAACCAAGCAGGGGCCCAUCUCAAAAGGACACCCAGGAAGUGGAGAAGAUGUCAUUUUCCCUCAAUUUCCAUGAGUCUCGAGGAGAAGAUUCUGUUGAAACUCAAUCUCUUAGCAUUAGUAGAAGUUCUAAACAAUCUCAAAAUUAUUUCAUUGAAGGUUCAGAACUUGAGGGAAGGUGGGGGGUUGGACCCCAGUCAAAUCCAGGUCCUGCAUCUUCUGUAAUAGAGAAAUUAAUUUCAGCACUUGGGUACAUUAAAGCUUCCAAAAGAGAUAGAGAUGUCCUGAUUCAAAUAUGGGUUCCAGUGAACAUAGGAGGCAGGCGCGUUCUUACUACUUAUGAUCAACCUUUCUCACUUGAUCCCAGCAGCAUGAGGCUUGCAGGUUACAGAAAUAUCUCUGUGAGAUAUCAGUUUGCAGCAGAGAAGAAUUCUAAUGAGUUCAUGGGAUUACCUGGAAGAGUUUUUUUGGGUAAGGUUCCUGAGUGGACUCCAGAUGUUCGAUUCUUUAAGAGGGAUGAGUAUCCACGAGUUGAUUUUGCGCAACAGUAUAAUGUCUCUGGAUCUCUUGCCCUUCCGGUUUUUGAGCAAAGUAGUCAGACUUGCUUGGGUGUUAUUGAGGUUGUAAUGACAACUCAAAAGAUGAACUAUCAUCCUGAGCUUGAAAGUAUUUGCAAAGCACUUCAGGCUGUUGAUCUUAGAAGUUCUGAAGUUUACAACACUAGGAACUCAGAGGGCUGCAGUGGUUCCUACCAAGUGACUAUACCUGAGAUUCUGGAGGUUUUGAGAUCUGCAUGUAUAGCACAUAGAUUGCCCUUAGCUCAAACUUGGGUCCCAUGCAUCAGACAAGGUAAAGGUGGGUGCCGACAUUCAGAUGAGAACUUUGUAAAUUGUGUUUCCACUGUUGAUUCUGCUUGCUAUGUGGUCGAUCCCCUUGUUCAGGGUUUUCAUGAGGCUUGCUCCGAGCAUCACCUGUUUAGAGGUCAAGGAAUUGUAGGUGAAGCAUUUUUGAUGAACCAGCCUUGCUUCUCACCCGAUGUAACCUCCAUUAGAAAGACAGAAUACCCUCUCUCUCACCAUGCAAGGAUGUUUGGAUUGCGUGCUGCUGUUGCAAUACGCUUGCGAAGUAUUGAAACGGGUUCUGACUUUGUCUUGGAAUUCUUUUUACCUGCGGACUGCAAGGAUCUUGAAGAACAAAAGAAGAUGCUCAGGUCAUUGUCUAUCAUCAUACAACAGGUUUGUCAGAGCUUACGUGUCCUUUCAAAUAAGGAGCUAGAGGAAGAAACAAUUUUGCCAGUCAGGGAAGUCAUAGUCCCUUUGGGUGGUAGACCUAUCAGAGAAAAGAUCUUGAAGGUGGGACAUACUAAUUUAGAAAGGUCUUCUCGAAAAGAUUCAGCCCAGAUUGCCUUUUGUAUGCAGGCCCAACAGGGCUGUGAUGUUGUCCCACUGUUUCAAAUGGGAAAACCAAUUGAAGUGUUGAAUGAAAAAUCUUCGGAGUUUUGGCAACUGCAACAAGAUCCUGGCCCUAAAGGAAGUGCAGAGUGUCGUGGUGAAUGUUCUACUUUCAGUGAGGGUAGCUUCUCGAAGUUGGGUAAAGCCGGGGAGAAAAGGCAAACCAAGGCAGAGAAGAAGAUUACGUUGCAAGUGCUUCAGCAGUACUUUGCUGGCAGCCUAAGAGAUGCAGCAAAGAGCCUUGGCGUUUGCUCCACUACUUUGAAAAAGAUAUGUAGGCAACAUGGGAUAAAACGCUGGCCUUCUCGAAAGCUCAAGAAAGUUGGUCACUCUUUGAAGAAACUUCAACAUGUAAUUGACUCGGUGCAUGGUCCCCCUGGUGGUUUUCAGAUAGGUUCAUUUUAUUCAAACUUCCCAGAAUUGGCCUCUUCAAAUUUGUCAAGAACCAGCCCAUUUAAAACUCCAAAGCUAAAUGAUCAUCUAAAGCCAUCAACCAGGCCACCUGAUGAUGGCGUUUGUAGCCCACAAACCACUACUUCGAUCUCAACCUCCUCGUCCUGCAGUCAGAGUUCCAGUUCGAGCCAUUGUUGCUUUAGUGGAGCCCAUCAUCCCUCCAACUGGAAUAUUCCUGGUAGUGAUGAUAUAACAGUUGCGGCGAACUCCAGUGAUGAUGUGCUAAAGAGGGUCAGAAAUGAUUCAGAGCCAUAUUCCUCAAAUCAAGAAUUAGCCAAAAAUAGUGGACGUGUAUCCCCAGAAGGAGAAUUUUGGAGAGUUAAAAUCACAUAUGGGGAAGAAAAAGUCCAGUUCCAGUUACAAAAUAGUUGGGGAUUUAAUGAUUUGCUGCAAGAAAUUGGGAGGCGAUUCAGUACAGACGACAUGAGCAGGUUUCAUCUGAAGUACUUGGAUGAUGACUCUGAGUGGGUCUUGCUAACUUGUGAUGCUGAUCUAGAGGAGUGUAUUGAUGUAUGCAGAUCAUUGUCGAGCCACACUAUUAAAAUCUCUCUGCUUCAAGUUUCUCAUCACCAUCCAACUCCUUUGGGUAGCAGCUGCCCUCCAUGAUUUUUGGACAGUUACUUUGUUGGUUGCAUUUUUAGCAUAAUGUUUUCAGGAUUUGGACGGCAAUAGCUUGAUGAGCUUAAAGUUGGUGACAACCAAAUCACUUGAAGGCUUUGGCCUGUGUAAAGGGGGUUUAGCUGAAACACUGGCAUUCUAAUUGACAAUGGAGGUGGAAGUUUCAGAAAUAACCAAACAGGAGUUCCCAUAAGUAGGAGUGAUAGAUGGAAUGGGGACUCGGAUUCAGUUCGAUUUUGCAAUCGUAAUCUCUACGGGAACAAAAGCUACGGGAACUAUACUCAAGUUUACUGAAUGGCUGGAGUAGGUUCUUUUGGUUUUCCUUGAACCCAUGAGUUUCUUUCAUGAAACUUGAAAAUCGAGGCUCUUCAAAAACGGCUCUUGAAUCUUUAUCUUCUGAGAUGUAGGUAACUGAAAUUCUUUCAUAGCUAUUUUGUCAUUCGACAUCAGCUGCAUACUUGCAUGGGGCAAAGGAGCUUUAAACUGUAUCAAAGUUUAAAAUGUGUAGUUUUGGUAUCUUGAAUUGGAACGAAAGUUGAGGUUUCUUCUUUGUGGUCCUCGAAGUGUACAUAAUGAGAGCAGGAACUGAUUUUUUUUUUUUUUUUAAUUUUGUUAAAUAAUGAUCAAUUAAUCUUGAUUUGUCUGAA